AUGGUUUCUUACUCCAAGAUUUGGUCGACGGACAUUGAUCCUGUCGCGUAUCACUUUCGUCACCUUGACUACUUUCCUCAUCGGCUUCUUGGGCCCUUCUCCUGCUCCAAUACUUCGUUUUUUUUCUUCACCUGUAGCCCUGUCAUCUAUACCGUCGUCACCGAAAUCCCGUCAAGUUACCUGCGAUCCAAGAGCGUCUCCCUCGCAAGAGCUACCUACAACGUCAACGUCAUCAUCUACGGCCAGCUUAUGCCCCGUACGUCUCAGAAGGCGUGGUGGAAUUGGGGUGCCAAGGCUGGUUUCUUCUACGGUAGGUGGCAUCAAGUGCAUUGGCAUUAUUUGGGGUUACUUUGGGGUUACUUCCGCCUGCCUGAGACGAAGGACAGGACCUUCGCUGAGAUCGAUAUUCUGUUCAUGAACGGCGUCAGUGCGCGGGAUUUCCCCAAGACCAAGGUUGAUCUUGCCAACCAAACUGUUUCCCGAGAGGAAUAA